ACAAUUUUGGUCCCAGUAUUGAUCCUUGUGGUACUCUACACGUUAUUUUAGAGGCAUCGACAGGUAUUCACCUCGCUUCGCAUGUUGCUUCUAGUUUUUUAUCCAUCCAUCUUCUUCCGCUUAUCCGAGGUCGGGUCGCGGGGGCAGCAGCCUAAGCAGGGAAGCCCAGACUUCCUUCUCCCCAGCCGGGAGACAUAGUCUUCCCAAUGUGUCCUGGGUCUUCCCCGUGGCCUCCUACCGGUUGGACGUGCCCUAAACACCUCCCUAGGGAAGCCUUCGGGUGACAUCCUGACUAGAUGCCUGAACCACCUCAUCUGGCUCCUCUCGAUGUGAAGGAGCAGCGGCUUUACUUUGAGUUCCUCCCGGAUGACAGAGCUUCUCACCCUAUCUCUAAGGGAGAGCCCCACCACACGGCGGAGGAGACUAAUUUCGGCCGCUUGUACCCGUGAGUUUAUCCUUUCGGUCAUGACCCAAAGCUCAUGACCAUUAGGGUUGGGUAUCGAGUAUCGAUUGGAACCGGGACUAACUUUCCGAUUCUCCCGGAAUCGUUCAAAAGUUUAAAUUUCGAUUCCUAGUUUCGAUACUCAGUCCGCCGACCGGAAGAAGAAGCCGCUGACCACCAACGAAGAAGCGCCCACCGCCGGAAGUGUUAGCAUAGCCGAGCGAGUCAGUCAAGCAUGGAUAGCAGGCGUCGGCGGUCGAAAGUGUGGCUUUAUUUUACAAAAAAAACCAACAAAUAUUGCCGAAAUACAACACGCGCGACAGGACUGUUUCGUGCUUAGGAGGGUGCACGUCGAACAUGAUGAAGCACCUCCGAGUUCAUGGAGUACAAAUAAAUGCGUGUUCCGUCUUCGACGCGCUGCGCCGACCGACCUCUGACUCUUCCUCUUGCUCCGGCUCUGACGCCCAGCCUGGCACCUCGGUGACUGCACUGCAGUCCGAAUCCGACAAUUUACAACCUGCUAGCCAGGCUCCGCCAUGUGUUCAGCGUACUCCGUUCACCACAGCGGCAAUGGGUAAUAUGUCGGUACCACAGACGGAAGAGUGCCACAGAAAGGUCACUGCACACAUAAUCAAAAGACUGCAUCGUUUUUCAGAGGUGGAAUCUCCAACAUUUAGGGAUACGGUGAAAACUCUCAACCCAAAAUACGUACCACCUUCCAGGGACUACCUGUCAAACACAUUGAUCCCGGCAUGGUACAAGACCCGCGGUUCAUCCGCAGACUCCACGGAUUGGUCCGCAAACCGCGCAUCUCUAGUGGCCAGGGUCCGGAACAUUGUUGUGUGGAUGAAGAGGUGCUUGAUGGCCAAGGUAGUCCUCAAAGAGAAGCAAGAACUUCUACACUUGCUCGGCUAACUGAGGAGGACUUUAGGAAAGCUGAGGACUUCAUCAGCCUAAUGAAGGUGCUCUACACGUCAACACUCUGCGUGUCUUCUGAAAAGAGUCCCACAUGCGGACAGAUUCUGCCUAUCCUCAAAAAGCUUGAGGCACACCUGGCUGUAAAAGCUGGAGACACAGUCUUCGUGUAAAACCUUAAAAAAACAGGUUUGGGCAAACCUAUCCAAGCGCUACCAGAAAGAUGAGAUCAGGGCCUUUCUUCAGCUAGUCAGUGCGUUGGAUCCAUGCUUUAAACAUAAAUUGGAUGAUGACACCAUCCGGGACCAGAUCCAGAGAAAGCUGAUUGAACAGGUAAAAAAUUUCAUUCAUGCACAACUGUUCUUUUCAGCUAUUAAAAUCUAAGAUCUAAAUGCUAAUUAUGUUCUUUGUAGUCAACAGAGGGUGUCUGUGGAGCUGAUGGGGACAUCAUGCAGUCUGAGAAUGAGGCAAAUGAGGAGAACAAGGAUGAGCAGGAGAGUCAACAGCCUCCCUGCAAACUCCCUUGGAGAAGCUGUUUGCUGAGGAAGAGGCACAGAGCAUAGUGUCACAGCAGAGCUCCAUGUCCAUCAAGAAACGAGUGGAGAGAAAGCUGCAGAUGUACCAGGAAGUUCCACCGAUACCUAUGUCUGACGACCCUGCUGCAUGGUGGUGGAACCAACAAAAGACUUAUCCUUAGCUGUCAGAUCUCGCUUUCUCCUAUUUAUGCGUACAAGCGUCUUCCACACCCAGCGAACGUGUAUUUUCCACAGCAGGAGACACUAUCUGUCCAGAACGCUCACGCAUCCUGCCUGAGAAGGCGGAUAUGGUCAUUUUCCUAAACAAGAACCGUCUCUGAUUUUAUAUUGUAACAUGUUUAAGUACCUGCACCAUCAUACACUUGUGUGUGUAAAUGUGUUUUCAAGAGGUUUCCUGCAGCAUCAUACACUUAUGUGUAAAUGUGUUUUCAUGAGGUUUUCAAAAAUAAAGCUCUCUUGAGG